AUGUCAUGCCUCACGUUCAACCAGUUGCAGAAGAGAACAACCGAGCCAGCGCAAGUUAAAACGGCUAUCGAUAAUUUUGAAAAAUGUAUUGCCGAUGUGAAAAAUAAAAUUGACGACAUAAUAAAUGAAUCCAAAACUACUUGCAUUGAACCCCAAGGCAACGAAAGGAGACGACGUAAUAAUAGCAGUCACGAUCACCAAGUUGCCGCAUUAGAAGUAUGCGACAAUAUAGUGAAUUAUGCAAGUGACAGGUUUAAAUUCAAAGAUUAUUUGGUAGCCGCAUCCCUUUUUUCCCCGAACGCUUUGGAGAAUACUGUGACGAACUUUUUCCGGUGUGUCAGUAAGAAUCAUGCUACGGCCUGGUUUCCUUCGCUUGCGGAUGCGGCAGAUAUUACCAUCCCUUUGAAAAAACCUUUUAUCCAUUCCAGUGCUCAACCAGUUUGGUGGGACGAGGAAUGCACACAUAUAUUUGGAAAACGAAAGGAAGCUCUUGUUGCUAAUAAAAUUCCAAUACCAAAUGAUUUAAUUGAACAGCUUUUAGAUAAUUUUGCUCCAUUAUCAGCUUCCACACCUCCUAUAGUUAGUUCAAAUUUCACCCCUCAUCAGCAAACCUUUAUGGAGAAACCAUUUAAUUUUGAAGAACUAGAAUGGUGUCUUGAAGAACUGAAAAAAAGUCAAAAGAAGAGCUGGAACGGCAUGAUAGGCAUCCAGCAGAGAGCUGGAGCUAGGCCGGAGCUAAAGCUUUCACGGAAAACAGAAUCAUCUGGUAUUGCUGCAGUAUAUGUAAUGAGAAAGGCUUUUGUAGUUGGCCGUGCAGCAUUUGUUUUACGACGGCAGAGGAGUUUGCGGCGUCUGAUGUAUUUUCAACGUGCAUCGAUAUACAAUGCAUUAGAUGCGGAAUAUUUAAAACAGAACUGGGUACAAUGGCGGUGCUUCCUUGUAUAG